AUGACUUCAGAAGAAACAGUUCCAGUUACUUCAGCCGUAAGAGACAUGAGGCUAGACUACCUUGGACGACUUGUGCAGACUCUCUUGAGAGUGUCGGAAGAAAAAUGGUGCAAACUGCUUGAAGUAGAGGAACAAAAAGUACAACUGACAACGAAGUUUUUAGAUGAUCCAGAUGCGGAGGUUAUACUGAUUGCUGAAACUAGCGGCGGGUCUUUAGGAAUCUAUACCUCUUCUGGAGACCUACCAUUUGUAGCUGGAAAGCAGCAGAAAGCAGUAUUUUUUCUAAAAACUUGUGGGGCAGUAGCAACAGCUGAAAAUAUCAGAAAUGUUAUUGCUUGCGGGGAUUUAUCAUCAUCAACAGUGGAACAACUACAAGCAUUCCUAGACUACGCUGUGGUUCCAACACUUUGUAACCCUUCUUGUCAUGAAGGAUGGUCCAGAGAGUUAGCAAGUGAUCUGCUGGCCAGCGUUCGUUCGUUUAGAAGUAUUGUGGCAAGGGGAGUGGCAGAAAGCAAAGGGCAUGUAAUUAUAUCAGUCCCACCAAUCCAGCCUUUUGAAGCAUCAACUUUUGCAAGCGGGAGCCAAGGGCAAUCAUUGUCUGAUGCUAAACAGUCCUGGAUGAGGGAGACUGUAUCCAUUCUGGAAAGUAGUGUUCGCCAUUGGUCUGAACAAAUACAAGAAGUACUUGAUCAAGAGUUAUCUGGGAGCAGGAAUCAACAUCCGCAGCCUUCAGAUUAUUAUAAGUACUGGUGCCAGAGAGGAAAAUCAUUGCGAUUCAUUCGUGACCAAUUAAAAAGUGAAUCCCUGGCAUUAGUUGCUGAAGUUUUGCAUCAAAAGAAAAGUAGCCACGACUCUCAACUGCAGCAACUGAUAAAGACUGUGGAAGAUGGAGUGAUUGAAGCAGAGGACAUACAGAAACAUCUGUUUCCAUUGUACCGCAGAUGCAAAGAUCUUGAAGCUAAGGAUCUUCCGCGAUUAAGACAACAUCUGGUGGAAGGUCUUCAUAAAAUGAUGAGGGAAGCUAUCGAUCAUUGCACUUCCUUACAGCAACCACGGAAUGCCGUCGUUGUUUCAAAGCUGUAUGCUAGCAUUGCUAACAUACUUGUGCACUUGAGCCAACAAUUUUUGGAUGGGGCGACAAUGUUUAGAGGAGAACUUGAUGAAUCAGAACACAGACUAGACCUCGUCCUGAAUAUCUUGGAUCACAUGCGACGUUCGAGGACAGCUCUAGGACUCCACCAGUUCUUGGAAAGAGAAGAUAGACUUGAACGUUUCGUGCAGCGUCUGCGAGCAAUUAAGGUCGUAUUUGAAACGUCUUCAGCUUUUCUGAGGUUAGCGAAGACAGAAGUGGGUGGUAUUCAUGGUCACGUGACAGCAAGCCAAAUCAAACAAAUUUAUAAUGAAUUCCAAGAACAGCUUCUCAUCUUCGAUAAAUGCCCUUACGAUGUCCUAGAGCCUGACACAGAGGAAUUUGAGAAAGACAUGAAAUAUUUUCGAAAGAAAAUAGAAGAUUUAGAUGGUCGUCUUGGAUCUGUCAUCAAAGGAUGUGUUCUAAACUGCUCCAGUGCAGAAUCAAUGUCCAAAGUACUUCAGCUUUGUGAAUUUCUCAUUCAGAGGCCUGUAAUUCGUUCUGUGGCUCUUGUAACUUGCGAAAAGCAUAUCUUGGACACGGCUCGUAAAGAAAUGGAAUCCUUGUUGUCAAAGUUUCUUCAAGAAGCUACACGGGAUUCGGCUGCACAUUUACCAGUUUAUUUGUCUUUUCCACCGACUUCCAGAAUUAUUCAGUGGGUGACAGAUAUUAAACAGUUACUGAACAACACAUUGCGAUCAAUAGAUAACGUUAGACAUCUGUUUGUAAAUAGAAAAACAGUAGAAGCUUUGGAGCUAAAGCAUGAAAAACUUUCUGCAAAAUUUACUGAACUUUCUGACGAAGUGUAUAAUAAAUGGGCGUCUAAAAUACCUGAAUUACUCAAAGAAAAAUCAAACCAGCCUCUAAUUGUUAGAGUCGAUGAAGGACAGCGUAUAGCAGAGAAUUUCGAUCCUCAGUUGGAGGCUGUAAUCCGGGAAGUGAAGCAUUUAUUGAGACUAAAAGGAGACACAGAUUUACCCAAAGAAGCAGUAGAAUUCUACAGACAACGAGAUAAACUUGCUGAUCAAAGAAUAACUUUGAGAUAUAUUAUCGAUCGCUACAAUGACUUAGCAUGGGAACUUCUUCCUAUAGAGACGCCACUGAUGCAACCAAUGCUACAUAAAAUGGAUGCACAGCUUUCUCCUGGAGAAAAUUCUAUCACUUGGAAUAACUCGGAAGCCUUUGACUAUCUAAUGAAAGUGGACACAGUUUCUAAAGAAAUUCAUUCUCAGGUGCAAGCAUCGAAAAAAAAUCUGCGGGAGGUCCAAAAUAUAUGCAAGGGAUGGCGUAAGAGAAAUCCUAUACUAUCGGAAAAGAAAUUACCUUUAGAUCUGAUUGCUACUGAAUCUGCUAAAUCUGUGAUUGCGGAAGCACUCCAUGGUACUGUUAGAGAAGAUGGGAAGAAGAUUCAUGAGUUGCUACAGGAAAACAAAAACAUUUUUGGCACUGAGAAUUUGAAUCCAAUCUGGUCGAGUUACGUAAACUUCAUUGACGAGUUGGUAAAGGAUGGAAUCCUGACUUUAGUUGAUAAAAACAUGCAGUUUCUAUUGCACUCGACAUCCGCCUCUGGAAGAGUAGUUUUUAUGAUUCACAUUCAUUUAGAUAUGUCUCAGGACUUGAUAUUCAGGCCUUCUUUGGAUGAGUCUAAAGAAGGAUGUCUUCAAGAGUUAAUAAAUGGAAUGAUAGAAGGAAUAUUUGGAGUUGCUGCUCUUGUUCAAAGAAUAGACAAAACCAUCCCUCACGAUAACUAUCUGUCUGAAGUCACAAGUAGGGAAGAUUAUCAAAGCAUGAGACAAGAGUUAAAGACCCGACUCGAAACUGCCAUGAGAGAUGCAGAAGAGUUGGCAUUAGAUUUUCAACCUUAUUCAUAUUUGUGGAAAGAAGAACCUGACAGUAUAAUACGAAGUUUAUCAACAGGACGCGAAGAUUCCCUUAAUAUCAUUCCUCAAAUAAUUGAACAGAUUCGCAACUGUGUUACACUUGACACCCAAAUAACGGAGUGCAUCCGUCCAUUUCGUUUGGUAAAAGGAUGGCUUCGAGUUGACCAAAGUAAUUUUAAAAAGCUUCUUUUGUCAUUCAUAAGCGAAUGGAAAUGUCGGUUCCAACAACUAGUUUUGGAAGGCGUCUGCCGCUAUCUCCAGGAUUUGGAUACUUUCUGUUCGGAGACAGAGGCGGAACUGAACGAAUCAAUGACAUCAUCACCCUCCACUGAGAACAUGGAUUCGUCAUCUUUAUUGAAAGUCAUCACUCUAAUUCAAGCUGUUCAAGAUAGGAGAACAACUACAGAUGAGAUGUUCGGUCCUCUGGGGUCGGCAGUUCGUUUCCUCAGGACCGAAUGCAACCAAGAAGUAGACGAAGUCGUGGAUGAACUUUUACAGAAACUUCCCGAAAGAUGGCAGCACACUAAAAAAUUAUCAGAACAUUGGCGGCAACAGAUUCUGACUCCCAUGGCCAAAGAAGCGUCUGCAGUGCGAAAAAAAGUAGCAGCUUUCAGUUCCAAGCAAAUUCAGUUCCGAGAACAGUUUCGAAAAUCUCCUGCUUUUCACAGGGAUUGUCCAUUACCUGCCGAAGAUAUGCUAGAAAAGCUUCAUAAAGAUAUAAGUACCUUGCAAGAAGAAGUUGCAGAACUAGCUAAAGCUGGAAAAUUGUUUGAAGUACAUGUGCCAGAAUUCAGUCAGCUAAAGCAAUGCGAAAAUGAAUUAGUCUUACUGCAUGAACUUUGGCAGUAUAUAGAGAAAGUGAAGAUACAACUUCGACAGUGGGAGGCAACGCCUUGGAUCAAAGUCGAUCUGGACGCCUUGGAGAUAAAAUGCAAAGCUUACAUGAGAGACAUCAAGUCAAUGGAUAAAGAAAUGAGAACUUGGGAUAAUUUCUUGUGGUUACAGGAAACCAUAAAGAAUAUUUUAAUUGCCCUAAGAGCCAUUCAUCAAUUACGAAAUCCUGCUAUUAAAGACAGGCACUGGACACAAUUAUCCAAUGCAACUCAGAAUCGCGUUCAUAAAGUUGCCAAUUUGUUUUAGGUUCCACUUUCGGUUACAGAGGACACUCCAUUAGGAGAGUUAUUAUCCCUGGAACUACACAGAUUCGAAGAUGUCGUUGAAGGAAUUGUAGAAAGAGCAUCCAAAGAAUUGGCAACAGAAAGGAUAUUAGCUGAACUGGAAGCUACGUGGGCCGAAAUAGUUUUUGAACGCUCAACACAUCCACGAACUGGACAUCAUUUGUUAAAUAUUUCAGAUGUUCUUAUUGGAACAUUAGAAGAUAAUCAGGUUCAGUUACAAAAUCUAAUGUCAUCGAAACAUGUAGCUCAUUUUUUGGAUAAUAUUACUGAUUGGGUAAAGAAGCUUUCAAACGUUGAGUCAGUUAUCGGAGCGUGGGUUGACGUUCAAAGAGCAUGGUCUCAAAUGGAAAGCAUUUUUAUGGGCUCGGAGGACAUUAAAGAUCACUUACCUGAAGACUGCGAUAGAUUUAAAUCUAUCGACGCUUCAUUUAAAAGAUUAGUGAACGUUUUGAGUGCAGAGACCGAAACAGUUGUUACAGUAUCUGCAAGACCUGAUGUGCACGAAGAUUUAACACACUUGCAGACAGAAUUAGCUUUGUGUGAAAAGGCUCUUGCGUCUUAUUUGGAAACGAAACGAAGAAUAUUUCCAAGGUUUUAUUUUGUAUCUUCUGCAGAUCUACUUGAUAUAUUAUCAAACGGGACAAGACCAAAAAGUGUCGUUCGCCAUUUACCCAAACUUUUCGAUUCAGUAUCUCAACUUUGUUUUGAAGGAGAUAAAGACGAAACGGCUUUCGCCAUCAUCAGCAGGGAUGGGGAAGAACUCCCGCUGAGAGAAGCGUGUUCUUGCACUGGAGCCGUUGAAACAUGGUUGGAUCGUUUACUUUGUGCCGUCAAGUUUACGCUGAAAGAGGACCUUUCCACUGCCUUGAGCACCUAUGAUGAUAGUAAUCGUGAAUCUUGGAUCUUCGAGAAUGCUGCCCAGGUGGCGUUGACCGGCACUCAAAUAUGGUGGACAGCUGAAGUCAGCGCAGCUCUUCAAAGAGUCCGCCAAGGACACGAGACAGCUCUAAAACAAUAUAAUAAAAAACAGAUGCAAAUGCUUCACCAAUUGAUCGGUCUACUGUUGACAGAUCUCAGCCGCGAAUGUCGACAAAAAGUAAUGACCAUUUGCACAAUGGACGUCCAUGCAAGAGAUGUUGUUUCACGCCUCGUGUCCCUACGCGUGGAGAAUGAAUCCGAUUUCGCUUGGCAAUCUCAGUUGAGACACCGCUGGGAAGAAGACUGCAUAGUUAAUAUCUGCGAUGCAACUUUCGAUUACUGUUAUGAAUACUUGGGCAACGCACCACGACUUGUAGUCACUCCUCUUACUGACAGAUGUUUUAUAACUUUGACACAAUCUUUGAAGUUAAUGAUGGGUGGUGCUCCAACUGGACCAGCUGGAACUGGAAAAACAGAGACUGUUAAAGAUCUCGGACGUGCUCUAGGAACUCUAGUAUAUGUCUUCAACUGCUCUGAGCAAAUGGAUUACAGAUCAUGCGCUAACAUUUACAAAGGUCUCGCGCAAACAGGCGCUUGGGGUUGCUUCGAUGAAUUCAAUCGUAUAUCUGUGGAAGUGCUCUCCGUUGUGGCUGUUCAAGUAAAGUGUGUCCAAGAUGCCCUGAGAGCUAAUAAACCUUCCUUAUGCUUACUUGGAGACGAUGUCCCACUGAAAUCUACCCUUGGAAUUUUUAUCACAAUGAAUCCUGGUUAUGCUGGUAGAACAGAACUACCAGAAAAUCUGAAAACACUAUUUCGACCAUGUGCUAUGGUGGCUCCAGACAGUCAAUUAAUAUGCGAAAUCAUGCUUGUGGCAGAAGGAUUUGUGGAAGCACGAAGUUUGGGGCAAAAAUUUACCACUCUUUAUUCUUUGUGUAAACAAUUACUCAGUAAACAGGAUCAUUACGACUGGGGACUGCGAGCUAUCAAAUCUGUCUUAGUCGUCGCAGGAUCUUUGAAAAGGUCAUCCCCAUCUACUCCCGAAGAACACAUUUUAAUGUUGGCUCUUCGAGAUUUUAAUCUUCCGAAGAUAGUAAGUGAAGAUGUUGGAGUAUUUAUGGGUUUGAUAGGAGAUUUAUUUCCUGCCCUUGAUGUUCCACGAAGAAAGAAUAUCGCUUUGGAGAAGUCUGUACGAGACGCCAUAAGUGAACUCAAGCUGCAACCUGAGGAUAACUUUAUUUUAAAGGUCUUACAGCUGUCUGAGUUACUUGAAGUUCGUCAUUCGGUUUUUGUCAUUGGAGCUGCAGGUUCGGGAAAAAGCAGCGUCUGUAAAACACUACUGACAGUUCACCAACAAAGAGGAGAUCGGCCGCUGGCUUUUGAUUUGAAUCCGAAGGCUGUAACCAACGACGAACUCUUCGGGACCAUCAAUCCUGCGACAAGAGAAUGGAAAGAUGGUUUGCUUUCAUCUUUGAUAAGAGAUUUAGUAAAUGCUUCGACGGAAGGCCCGAGAUGGUUGAUUCUCGACGGAGAUAUAGAUCCAAUGUGGAUAGAAUCAUUAAACAGUGUUAUGGAUGAUAAUAGGGUGCUAACUCUAGCGAGCAGAGAGCGUAUUUCUUUAACACCUACAAUGAGGCUCGUAUUUGAAGUUUCGACUUUGGAAAAGGCCACUCCUGCUACUGUUUCCAGGGGUGGUGUCCUAUAUCUAGAUUCUUCAGAGGUUGGUUGGAACCCGUAUGUUGUCAGCUGGAUUGAAAGAAGAACAAUCCAAUCUGAGAAAGCAAAUCUAAUAAUUUUCUUUGACAAAUACGUUCCACCAUGUUUAGAAGCACUCAGUAAAAGAUUCAAAACAGCUCUACCUAUACCGGACAUCUGCUACGUACAGACACUUUGCUGCCUUUUGGAAUGUUUCUUGACAGCAGAAAACACCCCAUCAGAUUCCCCCAACGAACUCUAUGAGCUAUAUUUCGUCUUCUGUUGUGUAUGGGCAUUUGGAUCUGCAUUAGAAUUGACGAAUGGCGCAGAUGGACGUCUGGAGUUUUCUAACUGGUUUCUGGCAGAAUUUAAAUCAGUUAAAUUUCCCAUUCCCACUACUCAAACCUCCGGCCAAGAAACAUCAACUGUCUUUGAUUAUUAUAUAGAUGGCAAGAGAUUUUAUCCUUGGACAAGGAAACUACAGAAAUAUCAACCAUCAUUAGACGUAUCCCUUCAGAACACAUUAGUACCAACAAAGGAGACUCAUCGAAUCAGUUAUAUGGUGGAUCUACUUAUCACUAAGGGACAUCCUGUAAUGCUAGUUGGAGCAAGCGGGUGUGGAAAGACAUCUGUAGUCCAAUCCACCCUCAGUGGUUUGGAUCAAGAAUCGACAUUCGUGAUAGUAAACGUUCCCUUCAGUUUCUAUACUACAUCUGAAACUGUGCAGCGGGCUAUGGAAUUGCAUCUGGAAAAGAAAGUAGGCAAGAAUUACGGUCCUCCUGGACAGAAGAAGAUUAUAUACUUCAUUGACGAUUUUAACAUACCUGAGGUGGAUAUGUACGGAACGUGCCAACCUCACACUAUAAUAAGACAGCAUCUUGAUUAUGGGCAUUGGUACGAUCGUAAUAAACUGACCCCAAAGGAAGUUACCGGCUGUCAGUAUGUAGUUUGCAUGUGCCCGACUGCAGGAAGCUGCACUAUCAAUCCAAGACUGCAGCGUCAUUUCUGUGUCCUGUCUGUUCCAUCUCCAACUACAGAUACUAUGCAAACAAUUUUUGGUCUUCAGCUAAAAGAACAUCUGCGUCGGACCUUUUCUUCCGGCGAAUCGCAAGAGGAAAUAGAAGAAUUUCGAGCUUCAGUCCAACAGCAGAUAGUUCGACUGGCAGUAUCGUUGCACAAACGCAUGAACAUAACAUUUCAUCCAACUGCCCUUAAAUUUCAUUACAUCUUCAAUUUAAGAGAUGUUUCUAAUGUAUUUAGGGGUUUGAUGUUGAGCAGCAGCGAGAGCCUGACGAAAAGUUCUGAUCUUCUUCAAUUGUGGCUUCACGAGUCACAACGAGUAUACCGCGACAAACUACUCGAUGAAGAAGAUUUGGAGAAAUUUGACAAAAUAUUAUCUGACGUCCUCAAACGUAAUACAGAUAUGGAGGAUGCAGUAGCACAAGCAAUGGUAGCCAGCAUCCCAAUUCAUUGUCACUUUGCUCAAGGAAUUGGUACUUCUUGUUAUCAACCAGUUACAGAUAUGGGCCAACUUGUCAGAUUAUUACAAGAUGCUUUGGACGCAUAUAAUGAUAUUUGCCCUCCUAUGGAUCUGGUAUUGUUUGAAGAUGCUGUUCGUCAUGUGUGCCGAAUUACACGUAUUCUUGAAUCUGGGGGAAAUGCCUUGUUAAUUGGAGUUGGUGGAAGUGGUCGCCAAUCUUUGGCAUCACUGGCUGCUUACAUUUGCAAUCUUCAUAUGCAUCAACCGACUUUACACUCGGAAUAUGACAUUCAAGAUUUCAAAGCCGACAUUGCCACUCUCUACCUGAGGGCAGGUGUGAAGAAUAUUGGCAGUCUUUUCAUGAUUAGUGACGCCCAGGUGGCUGAUGAAAAAUUUCUCGUCCUUAUCAAUGAUCUGCUUUCGUCGGGUGACAUUCCUGAUCUUUUUCCGGAAGCAGAAGUCGAGAACAUCAUCUCUGCAAUUCGGUCUGAAGUCAAAUCUGCUGGUAUAUUUGACUCAAGAGAUAACUGUUGGAAUUUUUUCAUUAAUAAAGUGAAGAAGAAAUUGAAGGUUGUUUUGUGUUUUUCUCCAUCUGGUUCUACUCUUCGAUCCCGCAGCCGAAAGUUUCCAACGCUCAUAAGUUGUACUUGCAUUGAUUGGUUCCAUCCAUGGCCCAAAGAUGCCCUCGUUACUGUCUGUAAUAAAUUCUUAGAAGACCUACCGAUUCUAAGUGCGAAUUUAAGAGAACCAGUUGCAGAUUUUGUGGCAUUUGCCUAUCGAUCCGUGAAUGAAGUCGGUAAGAAUUUUCUGAGAAAAGAGAGACGCCACAAUGAAACAACGCCUAAAAGUUUCCUUCAGCAUGUGAAGACGUACAAAAUUUUGAUGCAGAAGAGACAUUCUUUUCUGAGGGCUAACAUUGGAAGACUUGAAGCUGGGCUUCAGAAAUUGGUCGACACGAGCGAGCAGGUGGAUGUCCUGAAGUCCCAGCUUGCAGAUCAAGAAAUAGAACUGCAACAAAGAAGUAGUGAUAUCGAUGCUCUGUUAGAAACAGUUGGUCAAGAAACUGAAAUCGUUAUCAGGGAGAAAACAGUGGCGGCAGCAGAAGAAGCGAAAGUCUCCCGGAUCCAUGCAGAAGUCUCAAAAAGGCAGAAAGACUGCGAAGAAGAUUUGGCCAGGGCAGAACCUGCUCUCGUGGCUGCUCAAGAAGCCCUCAAUACUCUAAAUAAGAGUAACCUUACGGAAUUGAGAAGCUUUGGUUCUCCACCGGUAGCCGUUCGAAACGUGACGUCUGCCGUAAUGGUGCUACUCGCAACGGAUGGAAAAAUUCCUAAGGAUUUGUCCUGGAGAGCUGCCAAGCUUACCAUGAGUAAGGUGGAUAACUUCUUGGACUCCUUGAUCAAUUUUGACAAAAACAAUAUCCACGAGAACAGCUUGAAGGCAGUGCAGACCUACUUGAAGAGCCCAGAAUUUAAGCCUGAAGUUGUUGUUGCCAAAUCUCAAGCGGCCGCUGGACUCUGCUCGUGGGUUAUCAAUGUUCUAAAAUAUUACGAGGUAUACUGCGAUGUGGAACCGAAACGUCGAGCAUUAUCUCAAGCCAAUGCCGAAUACAAUGUAGCGAAAGAAAAACUAGCAAGAAUACAGGAAAAAGUGACGGAGGUAGAAUCCAGACUCAGCGAGCUGAAAGCACGCUGUGAUGAAGCAACCGAAGCCAAAGCUCGUUGUGAAUCCGAAGCUCAGAAGACGGCAUUUAGUAUACAUCUAGCAAACCGAUUGCUUGGUGGCCUAGAAUCCGAACGCCAGCGUUGGUCCCAACUGGCAACUAAUUUCAAAGGCUUGGAAGGCACUUUGCCGGGAGAUGUACUCAUGGCUUCCGCUUUCGUGGCCUAUCUUGGGCCUUUCACGAGGCCGUACAGAUUGCAGCUUCUUUAUGAAUUCUGGAAACCUUUUCUGGAGAACGAAAGUAAUUUACCCGUAGCAGUGGAUGCUGCAGAAACUGCACAGAUAGACCCAGUCAUAUCAUUGCUCUUGGAAGAUGAAACGGUCAUCGGACAGUGGCGUAACGUUGGAUUGCCCGGCGACACGGCUUCGGUGGGUAAUGCAACUAUAUUCACUACAUGUUUCUUUCUGUGGCGCUGGCCUCUAGUAAUAGAUCCCCAAAUACAAGCAAUACCUUGGAUCAGAGCUACUUACGAAAAUAAACUGCUAAUCGUCCGAACAGACCAAAAAGGGUAUUUGGACUGUAUUGAAGAAGCUGUCAUUGCGGGUCAGACAGUGCUGAUAGAAAAUUUGGAUGAAAAUAUCGAUCCUCUUCUCUACCCAAUCAUCUUCUGCAAUUUCGUAAAAAAGGGCAAAGCCAUCAAGCUAGGAACAAAAGAAAUACCCUUUCAUCCCGACUUUCGCCUCAUUCUUCAUACCAAGCUUAGUAAUCCACGGUUUGGACCAGAAAUACAAGCUCAGACAACAAUAAUUAAUUUCGGAGUUACUCCAGAAGGCUUGGCGGAUCAGUUGCUGGCUGAGGUCGUCUCCAAAGAAAGACCCGAUUUGGAACAAUCAAAGGCUCAAUUGACUAAAGAACAGAAUGAGUUUGCCAUAACUUUAAAGUCUUUAGAAGAAAGUCUUCUAUCCCGACUUUCACAAGCUGAAGGGAACCUUGUAGGUGAUGUCACUUUGGUGGAAAGUCUAGAAUCGACGAAAGCGAUGGCAGCCGAAAUCCAAGAGAAAUCUUUGGAAAGUCAACGUACGGAAGCCGAGAUCAACGCUGCGCGAGAAAUAUAUCGGGAUGUCGCUGAUAGGGCUGCACUUGUAUAUUUCGUGGUGCAAGAUCUCUCCACCCUUAGCUCUAUGUAUUUAUUUUCUUUGAAGGCGAUCAAAGAAGUCUUCCAUAAAGCCAUCGAUCGUUGCCAAGCGUCAGAAAAUGUUGAGAUCAGAGUGAAAGCCUUAGUUGAUGACGUUACGUUUGCUAUUUUCAAUUAUGUGAGUCGUGGUCUCUUCGAAAAUGACAAGAUAGUCCUGGCAGCUCACUUGACAUUUCAGAUCUUACGACUACGGGACAAAAUCCCCACUGAUGUCACGGAGUUUCUGCUGCAUCAGACUUUAGAAGAGUCGAAUCUUGAAAGUCCGGUGGAAUUUAUGAAUGCACAAGCCUGGGCUGCCAUUAGGGUCUUAUCAUCUCUGGAUGAAUUCCAAAGUCUGGAUAGAGAUAUGGAGGCAUCGCCCAAGCGAUGGAAAAAAUUUCUUGAUUCCGAAUUUCCAGAAAAAGAAGCUCUACCGCAAGAAUGGAAAAACCGAUCGACUCCUUUCCAUAAGCUAUGCAUUCUUCGUUGCUUGAGGCCUGAUAGAGUAGUAUAUGCUAUAAGGGAUUUUAUUUCUGAAAUACUAGGGCCAGGUUUCGUCAAUUGUCGUAGCUUCGAUUUAGACAGUGUUCUAAAAGAAUGCGAUGCCAAAACUCCAAUUCUCUUCAUCCUUAGUCCAGGUGUUGAUCCUUUGCACGAUCUUGAGGCAUGUGGUGCAAGAAGAAACAUCAGCUCUGUUAACGGAAAUUUCCAGAAUGUAUCUCUCGGUCAGGGUCAAGAAAGUAUUGCAGAGCAAACGAUGGAUACUUCUGCCGUCGAGGGGCAUUGGGUGGUACUUCAA